GUCUGCUGACAUUAGGGGGAUGCUGACCAACUGGUCUUCCAUUCCCUUUGGGAUUGUAGUUGUUAUUGUGGCAGGUGGGGCACUCAAUUUAGUGCCGUAUUUUCUAGAACUCAAAGAUCAGCUAGGUUUUGAGACUGUUCAUCAGGAGUUUAUUAGAUGGGGAGUACUGUUCGGAUAUUAUGGUGGAAUCUUGGCAGGACCAAUGAUUGAUAUUAUUGGAAGUACAUUUUCAUUCUUGAUUGCAGCUAUUAUUUCAGGACUUGGAUUUGUGGCGCUGGCAUUCUACACAGAUGCCUCAAGCGUUGGAACCUUCAAUGCUGUAAUUAUUGUGACAUUGGUUUUAACAGUUUCUUUUGCUUGUGCCAUUGCUACAAUAGCUGCUAUUGCUGCCAUUAUCAAGAACUUCUCAAGACGCUCUGGAGCCAUGGUCGCUGCUGUGAUGAUUUCUUACUACUUUGCUGCUCGUUAUUUUGAUACUAGCAUCAGGAAUGGAUACUUUGAAAGCCUGGAUAUGAAAACCAACAUGCUUGUGUCUGCAGGUAUCCACUUCAGCGUUUACAUGUUGGGUGCCAUGAUCAUUGGAGACCAUGAGUCGAACAAGAAACUGAAGAAGGCCUCUAUUCUCACAGAUAAGCUAGGAAUCUUGGUGUACGCAGUGAUUGCUGGGUUAUUCCUUGCAGUGGUGUACACUACUUGUAUUGUCACCCAAGCUUAUCGCCUGUCAAUCAUCUUGAUCACACUGAUUGUCUUGGUUAAUUUUGUAGCACUUGUAUUCAUUAUACAAGGGUUGCUUCUUACAAUAGAAAGAACUGGAAUCUCAGAGGUCAGAAGCGAAUAUAUUCCUCCCAAAAAGAGCUUCGGUAAAAUGCUUGUCGAUAAAAGAUAUUUGUACCUGCUAGUCAGCACUUUUAUUAUCAUUGGAACAGGUACUACUUACUACCUCGAAGCUUCAGAUGUUGCUGAAGAUGUCGGAAAGCCUGAACUCGCAGACAAAGUCGACUAUGCUUACUGGCUAAGUGCUGUGCUCACCAUCCUCGUCGGAGGUAUGUGUUCAGCUAUGUUCAACAACGUUAUCAAUGCUUGGUUGCUAGCAGCCAUUGCUUGCUUCGCCUCGACUGUUGGAUUCGCUCUGGUGUUCUUGUCAGUGACCAACGACUUCUUCUACUACAUGUCGGCAUUCUUCGUUGGAGCAGGAACUGGAGGAUUUUGGGUCGUUGUUCCACAGUUGGUUUUAGACGAUGCAGGGCCGAAAUCAUUUAAAAGUUUGUGGGGAUUCACUUUGAGUGUUAAUGCUGCUGGAAUGUUCAUCUUCGAUGCGUUCUUCUGGUGGGUCAGUGAGAAGACGGAUCCUGAUAAGGCAGGAAACUGCCAAGGCUCACAGUGAUAUGUUAUUAUAUUCGUAGGAUUCGCAGCCGUUUGAUUUGUUGCAGGAGUUUUGUGCCUUUCGGCCCUUGAUUAUGAUAGAAAACUUAGUAAGGAUGAAGAGAGAAGACCGCUAAGGAGUCAAGAUUCUUUUGGGUCUUUUAGGAGGAAUACUUUUAGUGAAGGGAAGAAAGGGGAGAAGGAUAAGAAGGGAAGGCCUAGGUCAAGUUCGAAAAGUAAAAAUAAGAAAUAA